GAAAGAGCCGCGUUGUAAAUAGGCCACAUAAUGUGUACAACAGACUGUAUUGAUGCAUAGGAACUUCAAAUGUUACACCAAAAGGUAUUCAUGGAUGAACAAAAGCCAGAGCUGGAUGAAUUCACAGCGACGCCGGCGAGCGUGCCCCGCCACCUCGAGGAUUAUGCCGACAAAUUGUGGCAGAUGCGCGUCAAGACGGAACGAGAGUCCGCCGACAGCGACGAUGAUACCGGAAGCUACUCACCCUCGCGCGAAAACUUCUAUGACAGCUACUACACGAGCGAGUCAGACCCGCUUCGCGACUCGUUCCUGGAAUACUCGACCCUAAAACGCCCUUUGGAGGAGGUCAUAUCACCGACUUCUGCCACUGCAACCCCGACGACGCCGGCGAAGCGCGCCCGCGGCCGACCAUACAAGGAGGCGUGCGUAAAGAUUACAUGCCUGAAACCUGAGGAUAAGAUGAACACACUUUCAGUUGAUUUCAAUAAACUUCAGGAGGAAGAAUUAGGUGUUCCGAGGUCUGAGCUGAUGGGCGGUCUGCGGUCCUCCUCAAAACUUCCGUUGACAUGGACGGCGGAGGACCUUCGUCAGUAUGUCCUGGCGCUCUUCCCUCGCGUCCGCUCCUUUACGUACAUGAAGUGCAACCAGGGGAAGACGCUUGAUCCACUUCCGGAUGACCUCAAACCGAGCGACAUGCGCACACUGCUUGGGCGCUCAGGGCUCUACAUUGUACCAAACGGUCCACUCUUGCCCAAGGGAUCAACAUCAUCCUCAGUCGCCAAGUAUACGGCGGAAGUGCACCCUGGUGCCAGUUCCUUCUCAGCACCCCCUACCGCCACCCCCGGAAGUUCUACCGACACAGAUCUACAGGCGAACAACGCCGGGAAACAGUAUUGGGUACCUGUAAAAGUCAACGGAGAACACGUUGUGAACGGUGAUCGCGAGUUCCGGAUAACGUUAGACGUGUCCAGCUACAGCCCCAGCGAGAUCACCUUGAAGACGAAGAACAACCGGGUCGUCGUGCACGCCAGACACGGGGAACGCGCGGACGAGUACGGCAUCGUGGAGAGGGAGUUCCGGCGCCAGUACCUCCUCCCGAAGGACGUGGAUCCCAACGAAGUAACGUCAUCUCUCUCGUCCAAUGGGAUUCUCACGCUGAAGGCUCCGAAGAUUGACCAAGACAGCGGGGCGGAACGAAUCAUACCCAUCCGGUUUUCCGUGGAAGACUCGUGAAGGAACGGUCCCCAUACGGGAAUAAUCAACCACACAUGUAUACGUUGACUGUUGUGUAGAGCCGGUAAGCACAAGUCAGGGACUGGUUGGUCUAGAGGAUGGAGUGAACCAGGACUGCCGUACGACGGCGCUCACGCGGCCUUGCAGUCGUCAUCACAAGUGCACUAUAAAAUGGCUUGAUUUUGUUGAGGUUUAAUAUAUUGUCUCACAAACUGUUUCAAAUGUUAUUUUCGACAUGCGUUAUGAACUCUUAUGAAUAUCUUCCCGGUAUAUUACAUUCCAUCGGCUGCAAUGUGAAUAAAGAUUGUACUGUUCAAUAAAGUUCUUGUUACUAG